GGGGCGGAGGGAAGAAAAACAGUGAAAAAAAUAUUAAAAAGCAAACGUCCCACUUGGCAGCGGGCGCGCGGGAAGUUCCGACCCGAGUUCCGGGUUACGCGCCGCUCAGUCCGUCUGUCCCUCGGUCCGUCCGUCCGCAGCCCGCCCGCACCGCUGCCCUCGGGCUGCGUCUGCAGAGCUUGGUACCGGGGUUCGGGUCGGGCGGGGCGGCGACUGGGUCACGCUGCUCCCCCCCACCCGGGGCUGAAACUCUACGCCGCUGCGCCGGCCGGCUAGGCCUGCUGUCGCCCAGCAGCCAGCAGCUGGGGCGUCCGCCCUCCGGGUCCCCGGAAUUGCGCGCCGAGGGAGCCCUGCGGCCCAGCAGGCUCUGAGACUUCUGAGUGGCCUCGCGACUUGCCCCGAGACCUCCGCGGGUCACGGUUGGGUGAGGGCGCUGCAUGCUCUGGGGGAGCUGUGCUGCAGUCCUGGCCAGCAGGGACCCUGGGGAGCUGGGUCAGGCCCUGCGCUCGCAGGAACAGCGCUGCGGAUCGCGGGGCUCAGCCUGUGCUGGGCGGAGCCAGGAGAUGAGCCUAGAGGCCAAGUACCGCCUGGCCUCCCUGUACGUGGGCGACCUGCACGCCGACGCCACGGAGGACUUGCUGUUCCACAAGUUCAGCGCCGUGGGGCCCGUGCUGUCCAUCCGCAUCUGCAGGGACCUGGCCACCGGCCAGCCGCUGGGCUACGCCUACGUGAACUUCCUGCAGCUGGCCGACGCGCAGAAGGCGCUGGACACCAUGAACUUUGACGUGAUCAAAGGCAAACCCAUCCGCCUCAUGUGGUCACAGCGUGACGCGCACUUGAGGAAAUCGGGCGUUGGGAACGUGUUCAUCAAGAACCUGGACAAAUCCGUGGACAACAAGACCCUGUAUGAGCACUUCUCCCGUUUCGGGAAGAUCCUGUCCUCCAAGGUGAUGAGCGAUGAACAGGGAUCCAAGGGUUACGCGUUCGUGCACUUUCAGAACCAGAGCUCUGCCGACUGGGCCAUCGAGGCGAUGAAUGGCAAAGUGAUCAGGGACCGGCAGGUGUUUGUCGCCCCAUUCAAAAACCGCAAGGAUCGGGAAGCUGAAUUCAGUACCAAAGCAAGUGAGUUCACCAACGUUUACAUCAAGAACUUUGGUGAUGACGUGGACAACGAGAAGCUGAAGGGUAUUUUCAGCAAAUAUGGCAAAACCCUGAGUGUUAAGGUGAUGACAGAUUCCAGUGGGAGAUCCAAAGGCUUUGGCUUUGUAAGUUUUGAUAGCCACGAGGCCGCCAGAAAGGCUGUUGAAGAAAUGAAUGGGAAGGACAUCAACGGGCAGCUCGUUUUUGUAGGUAGGGCGCAAAAGAAGGAAGAACGACAGGCUGAGCUGAGGCAGAUGUUUGAGCAGCUGAAGAAAGAAAGAAUCGGUAGGUGCCAGGGAGUAAAACUUUAUAUCAAGAACUUGGAUGACACCAUUGAUGAUGAGCAGCUACGGAAGGAGUUUUCAUCCUUUGGAUCUAUUAGCAGAGUCAAGGUCUUGGGGGAGGAAGGACAAAGGAAAGGGUUUGGCUUGGUGUGCUUCUCCUCCCCCGAGGAAGCUACCAAGGCCCUCACUGAGAUGAAUGGCCGCGUCCUGGGCUCCAAACCCCUCAACAUCGCCCUGGCCAAGCGGCACUGAGACAGAGCGACGUUCUCACCAGCCGAUGGGGAGAAAUACAGAUCUUUACUUGCAUUGUCUUCAGUAAAGGAAUCCCACCGAUGGCUGCUUUAAAGUAAAUUGUGUAAUACACUGUUUUAUCACGUAAAUCCAUUUUUUUUUUCCGUGUAUGGAAAAAUAAAUGCAUGUGAAGUUCAUUUUACAGGGGGCACAUCUUCAGCUGUUAAAAUUGUAUCUUUUUCUCAGUGUUGAUACAGUAUUUGCAGCAAUAAAUAGAAUUAUGUUUUGAACUAACUAAAGUCAGAUAAUUGAGUUGUUUGCAUAUUUUUCUUUCUCAUGUUAGUAAGAUGGCUAAGCUUAAUUUCUUCUAUGAAAAUGUGCUCAAAUAGAUUCCAAUGUAGUUUUAGUUUAGCAAUAUUUUAGGACUUUUCUUCAAAGCUUUUUGAUGAAUCAAGAGUUAAAUUGCUAGUACAAAUUCAGUUGAAUAUCCAAUUUCAUUUUGGAUUGGUGUUUUUAGCUAUGAGGAAAUACUUGGACUUCUUGUAAAUUUGUAUCUUGACAUCAUUAUUUUUCUAAUGAUUCCACAUAAGAUGGUGUAGAUUUUUAAAAUCUCCUAUGAACUGACUUUAAGAGAUAGUUUUUACUCUUUAAAUUGGUUUACUGUAAUUCUCCUACUUUCUAGUAAUCUAAAUUGCUCACUUGUGUAGUACAAACUUAACUUUCACAUUCCAGAAGUUAUAAAUCUGUAGCAAUGCAGGCAACCCAAAGUUGUAUUUUCGUAUGUAUGCAACUGAAUGUCAUGCCUUAAGGUUUUGCUAGACACCAAGAUCAUGUAAAUAAGUAUGUAUAGAACAUAGAAACCUGUUUACAUUCUGUGUUUUUAAAUCUGCUGUGUAGUUAUCCAUGUGCUGAUAUUUUCUUGGGUUUCAGAAAAGAAAGUUUCUUUAUUUUUAUAAACGUAUACCUCUUGUUAUUAGAUUAUGAGAGCUAUGUAACCCAUCACGAUGCUUUUUUAGCCUUAAGUGAUCAGAAAAUCACUGGCUGUUUGUAUGAGAAUUCAAAGUGGCAUUGCUUGGACUCUUUUCUAGCACAGGUUGUAUUCUAAUCCCAUUCCUAUGUUUUCUUCCCUGCUUUUCAAUCAUCAAUAUUUCUCUGUUCAUUUUUUAGUACUUAAAAGUACUCUAGUAUAGUAGGCCUUAUUAUGUGCUUCAAAUCCAUUUGGGAAAUGAGACAAGAGUUAUGUGUUUACAUUUAAAUCAUUAUUGUAUAAACCAUGAUUCAUUUAUACCAAAGAUAUCUGGAAAAAGAUUUUGUUAUCACUUCACUCAUUUUUAUUUGCUUAGGUAUUUCUUUUGAUCUUAUAUCCAAAUAUUUUGUUUCAUA